GUGACCGACGAGUUGGCGGCCAUCGAGCGCCACGUGGACCGAGUCAUCGACGGUGUGCCCCAAUUGGUGGCCAAUUGUCAGCAGUUCUCGUCGGCGGCCAAAGCCAUAUGCAAUCGAUGGCGAGACGUGUCGCAGAUGCUGUCCAAUCACCCGCUGAUACUGGAAGUGCUGGAAAUACCGCAACUGAUGGACACAUGCGUGCGGAACAACUACUACGAGGAGGCGCUCCAACUGUACGCUUACGUCCAGACACUCACCAAAAGACACGAUUCCGUUGCCAUUAUCGCUAGUAUCGCCAAAGACGUGGACGUCUUCCGCGAGAUAAUGAUCAGUCAGUUGCUGAAGGAGUUGUCGGUCAACAUACAGCUCCAGAAUUGUCUCAAAAUUAUCGGUUAUUUGCGGCGAACCGACAAAUUCAGCGAAACAGAGCUGCGGAUCAAGUUCUUGAGCGCUCGCGACCAGUGGUUGUCGGCGAUGAUCAAAGAGAUUCCGUCCAAUAAUCCACUCAUUCACAUCACGAAAGUAAUCGAAACAAAUCGCGUGAAUCUCUUCGAUAUCGUCACCCAAUACAGAGCCAUCUUCGCCGACAUGGACCCCAUUGUGCCGCAGAAGCACCUGUACUACGGGAUCACCACAUUGGCCACGAGU